CCCGAGCGCUGUAACUCAACCCCGAGCCGACAUUUCACACCGCGCGCUGUCUCUCCAAACCUGUGGAAAACAUGGGGUCGCUUAUUUAAUUGAUUGAUUGAUUAAUUGAUUGAUUGAUUGAUUAAGGAAUAGCUGUUUAUAUUCGUUAGGUUAAUGCGCAGGACUCCAGCAUGCCGUGUGUGUGUGUGUGAGUGUUUCCGCGCAGGAUGCCGAGCAUGCAGAAGAGAGUGUUGUUUUCUCUGGCUGGAGUUCUGAGCUUCGCCUGUGUGCUGAUCGGAGCCGCGGCUAUGGGAGGGAGGAACUGGGUGAAGGCGACCGUGCUGUGCAAAACUGGAGCUCAGCUGGUUAAUGCCACCGGAUCGGAGCUGGACAAAUUCAUCGGGAGCUUAAACUACGGUCUCUUUCAUGGACAGAGGUUGAAACAGUGUGGACUGGGAGGAAGACCUUUCUCCUUCUCCUUUUUUCCUGACCUGGUGGAUGUGAUCCCAGCUAGCCUGCAUGUGAGCAUCAUCAUCUUCUGUGCAGUGCUCAUCUUCUUCUCAUCCGUAUGUUGUGCCUUCUUCAUGUACAAUGCCUUUGGAAAUCCAUAUGAGACUCUACAUGGACCUUUAGGCCUUUAUCUGUGGAACCUGAUCAGCUGUCUGUGCAGCUGUCUCAUCCUAAUCCUUUAUGCAUCAGAAGUCAAACUGCAUCAACUGUCUGAGAAGAUUGCUAACUACAAAGAAGGCACUUUUGUCUACAAGACAUACAGUGAAGCAUUCGACCACACUUUCUGGCUCAUAUUUGUUAUUUUUCUUGUGCAUAGCUUUAACAUCCUUCUGAUCCGCCUAGCCGGCAUCCAGUUUCCCUUCCAGGAGGCCAAAGAGACAGAUGCCAGCACGGGUGCAGCGGAUCUCAUGUACUGACUGACUCUAUUGUCCUGUAACCACCCCCAGGAUGCGAUAUCCUACCAUGGCUAUUAGCGCUGUUCACUUAAAGUUUCACAUCUUGCCCCAUCCGUUGUUCUGAUUUGUUUACAAAUCAACAGAUGACACAUCUGAGCCUUUUUUGAUGCAUCUUUUUACUUUCAGGAGAGGAACCGACUUGGAAAUGGUCCUGCCUGUAUGUAUGAGAGAUGAGUGUUAUCACAUUGUGGGGAGGCUAGUGGAGGGACCCGUCUCUCAGCUGGACUCGUGAUUGCA